CUUUAAUUUUAUCCCAACUCUUUUAAAGCCUGGCCUCAUUCUGCGUCUCUGAAAUCUGCAGCCAUAUACUCAACAUCUCCAAUCUUCCAAUGGCUAUUGUAGCUUUGCUGGUUCUCUUCCUUGCCUUGCUGCCUAUCAUCCAUCUUUUUCUGACCAAACAAAGAAGCUCAUCAAAACGACUCCCUCCUGGCUCUCUAGGCCUCCCCAUCAUCGGCCAAAGCCUUGGCCUUCUCCGAGCCAUGCAGGCGAGCACCGGCGAGCAGUGGCUCGAGGGAAGAAUAAAAAGGUAUGGGCCAAUCUCGAAGCUAUCACUCUUCGGGGCGCCGACGAUUUUUCUGACCGGUCCUGCUGCGAAUAAGUUCAUAUUCAUGAAUGAAGCAUUGGUUCCCCAGCAACCAAGUUCUCUUACCAGGAUACUGGGCAAAAGGACCAUAAUUGAAUUGGUUGGAGAGGAUCACAAGCGUGUGAGAGCAGCAGUGAUGCAGUUCCUGAAGCCAGAUGUGUUGAAGAAUUACGUGGGCAAAAUAGACAGGGAGGUCAGGCAUCAUCUCAAGAUGAAUUGGAUCGGCCGGCAGACCGUCACGGUGUUGCCUUUAAUGAAGGGUCUCACGUUUGACAUCAUAUGCUCCCUCAUAUUUGGGUUGGAGAGAGGGCCCCUACGAGAAGGCCUUGGAAAGGAUUGUGCGGACAUGCUGGCGGGAAUGUGGGCAGUGCCCUUGAACCUGCCCUUCACCCACUUCGGUAAGAGCCUGAGAGCAAGCCAUCGGGCUCGAAAAGUGCUCACCAGAAUCACCCGAGAGAGAAGGGCUAUGGUGGCCCAAGGCCAGGUCUCUUCUAGUGAAGACCUCAUCACCCAUUUGCUUACCUUGGGUGGUGAAGAUGGCACCAAUGGAUUAACUGAUGAAGAAAUUGUGGACAAUGCGAUGCUCGUCUUGGUAGCUGGUCAUGACACCUCGUCCACCCUCAUGACCUUUAUGAUGCGCCACCUCGCCAACGAUCAGGUCACCUAUGCUGCUGUUGUUCAUGAGCAGGAAGAGAUAGCCAAAAGCAAGGCCCCAGGGGAGGCUCUAACGUGGGAUGAUCUUUACAAGAUGAAGUAUACAUGGAGAGUUGCGCUGGAGAUACUAAGGAUGAUCCCUCCACUGUUUGGGAGCUUUCGAAGAGCUCUCAAAGAUGUUGAGUUUGAUGGGUACCUCAUACCAAAAGGGUGGCAGGUGUUCUGGGCAUCAAGCAUAACACAUAUGGACGCUAAUAUUUUCCAAGAACCAUGUAAAUUUGAUCCAACACGAUUUGAGAAUCAAUCAUCAAUUCCACCUUACUGCUUUGUGGCAUUUGGAAGCGGGCUGCGAAUUUGCCCCGGCAGUGAGUUUGCAAGAAUAGAGACACUUGUUACAAUGCAUUAUCUAGCCACGAGAUUCAAAUGGAGAUUAUGCUGCAAAGAUGAUGCUUUCGUCAGGGAUCCAAUGCCAUCACCUACUCAAGGCCUUCCAGUCGAACUUGAGCCUAAGAAUAAAGAACAACUUAUGAUUGUUAAAUAAAUUGAAUCCUCGAAGGUUGAUCUUUUUCCUUUUUAUUUUUCUUUUUGUGUAAAAAGAGGACAGGGAAUUGUCAAGAGGACGUCAAGGUCAUUAUGGAACAAGAUGCAUUUUGUUCUGUAUCA